UUUCCCGCGCCACACUGCUUUGUUCGUGUUCAGUAACGCCAUAACAGCCAAACAGUAAGAUGGCAGGCAUACUGGAUGUCCCGAAACCAAGAAUAAUGUGCGCCCUGCUGUCGCAGUACAUAAACAGACCGGUCUGCUUCGUCGGACGUGUUGAAAAGGUUCACCCAACAGGAAAAACGUUCACUGUCUCUGAUGGAGAGGGAAAGACUGCAACAGUUGAACUCAACGAACCUCUUGAAGAGGAGCUGAGCGGUGUUGUGGAGGUCAUUGGUAUGGUGUCUAACAAAGGAGCAAUAAUGGCCACCACAUACAACAUGCUGCGGGAGGACAAGGGCAUUGCUUUCGAUUUAGAGCUGUAUACCGAGGCUCUGAAAGUCAUCCAUGAUUUCCCCCAGCACUACCCUUUUGAAGUGGCUGCAAGCGGAUGAAGAUGCAGUCACUAAAGAUUGUCCUUAAGUUCAGUGUCCAAUGUUUGUGUCAUGUGUCCAGUUUUUGUUGUGAUUUGAAAACACAUUUGUACAGAAGAAAGCUUGUAAUAUCAAAAGUUCUGUCGGUAAAAUUAAAAACUGUAAAGACCAAAUGAAGUGGCAUGGUUG